UUACUGAAAGAUUUGGAAGAGGUUAAAGAGUUGCUUACGAAAGCCACGAGGAAGCGAAUUCGUGAUGUCCUGAUGACAGAGAAACACAAGCUAGAGCUAGAAAUCAAGAAUCAGCCUGUACCGAAGCCAAAAGAUGUGGCAGAGGAAGAAAAGUCAUCACUGGGAGGGUACACAGUGAAAAUAAACAAUUACGGUUGGGAUCAGUCAGAUAAGUUUAUUAAGAUUUACAUCUCUUUAAAUGGAGUCCAGAAGCUUCCAGCUGAGAACGUGCAGGUGAAUUUCACAGAGAGGUCGUUCGAUCUGCUAGUGAAGAAUCUGAAUGGGAAGAACUACACCAUGACCUUCAACAACCUCCUGAAACCCAUCUCUGUGGAAGGGAGCUCUAGAAAGAUAAAGACAGACACGGUCCUUGUGAUGUGUAGGAAGAAGCGGGAGGAAAAAUGGGAAUGUCUCACUCAAGUGGAAAAGGAAAGCAAAGAGAAAGAGUAAGUUUCUUUUCAACCCUC